AAAAGCGGUGGUGUGGUGAUACUGGAUGGUUAUCAAAUCCCAAAUCUAAAGGCCACCCAUCCCAUCCCUUCCAUGAAUGCCGCCUCUUCCCCCACCUCCACGCCACACAUCUCUCCCUCUCUCUCUCUCUCUGGAUGAAUAUGCAUCCAUCGUCCAUCUAAUAAUAGUAAUUUAUACCAUGCGGAUUUCAACUCAAAUUCCAAUCGCAAUCACAAUCGCAGUCGCAGCCCGUAAAUUAAAAAUGAGUCAGCAGCAGCAGGAGGAACAACCGGAAGCCGUGAAAUACGGGGACCUCUUCGACGUGAGCGGGCAACUAGCCUCGCAGCCAAUUGCGCCAGAAGAUGCGGAGGCGCUGCUCUCAGCCGAGAAAGCAGCGCUGGGCCAGAUACCCAAGGGCGGUCCUGCCUCGGUCAUGCAAUCAGCCGCCCGCCUCAACCAACAGCGCGGCCUACUCAGAGACCACGAUGAUGAUACUACUAUCAUCACCCCAGGCCAAGGCGCCACCUUGGCUCAAUCCCAGCUCGCCGGCUACCACCUCAUCACGGAAUCUGUUGCAGGACAGGUAAUCGGACAAUACAGUCAGCCAAAGGAAAUCAUGAUGAAAAAAUAUCAGCAGCAGCUGGUGGAUCCAGACGCCAUUACCAUCGGAGAGGCGCUGGAGGCAACCGCCCUCAAGGCCGGGAGCAAGGCAAUCGACCAAAGCGAUGCGGCAGCAAUACAGGCUGCAGAAGUGCGGGCAACAGGGCUAGGCCACGUCAUCCCUGGUGGGAUUGCAGCAGAGGCGCAGUCCGCUGCUGCACACAACCUCCGCACCACCAACGACCGGGACAAGACAAAGCUUGAAGACAUUUUAACGGAUGCGGCUGCAAAACUUGCCGAUGACAAACCAGCAUCGAGGGAGGAUGCUGAGGGAGUGAUUUCUGCAGAAGCCAGGAACAGAAGACACACAAAUGCCCCACAUCCCGAUGGCGUCGGGGCAUCGCUCGCCUCAGCUGCUAGACUUAAUCUUAACAACUGACAGACCAAAUGAUAGCCAUGUCAUGUAGGCAGUUGUGUAUCAUCUGUUAUGCUAGCACCAAAAACAUAUCCUAACCAGUUGUGUUGUGUUAUGUGGUAUUCCUAUGCAAUACCUUGCCUCCCUUCUCAAAUAUAUAAUGAAUGAAUGGUUAAGUUCAUGAUGUAGCUCCUCCUACGCAUUCAGUGUGGAUUGCAGUCGCAGAAACACCCUACGACGAUUAUGUGCCAAUGUCAAUAUGUUUGAAAUUCCAAUCUCUACAAAGCAGCAUAUCCAGUUCAACAAACUAAAUAGUUAGGCCAAAAGAAGAUAAUAUAAUUAAAAAAAAAAAAAAAACUAGAGAACAAGAUAACAUUCAAAAUUCAAAUCCAUGAAA